AUGAGACAAGCCCACGAAGAUAAUACAAGCUUCCAGUUUGACCACGAAGUAUUUCUGGGAAAAGACGAAGCCAAAACAUUUGACCAGCUCACACCAGAGGAGAGCAAAGACAGGCUUAGCAAAAUAGUGGACCGCAUUGAUAUUGACGGAGAUGGCCUCAUAACCACUACUAAACUGAAGGCCUGGAUAAAGCGGGCACAGAAGCGAUAUGUGUAUGAAAAUGUAGCAAAGGUGUGGACAGACUACGACCUCAACAAAGACAACAGAAUCUCAUGGGACGAGUACAAACAAGCUACUUACGGAUACUACCUUGCCAACCCAGAGGAGUUUCAGGACGCAUCAGAUCAGUUCAACUUUAAAAAGAUGCUGCCCCGUGAUGAAAGGAGGUUUAAGGCUGUUGACCUGAACAAUGAUAAUUUGGCGGACAAAGAAGAAUUCACAGCUUUCCUUCACCCAGAGGAGUUUGACCACAUGAAGGAUAUAGUGGUUCUGGAAACUCUGGAGGAUAUAGACCGAAAUGGAGAUGGACAUGUGGAUGGGGAUGAGUACAUUGCGGAUAUGUUCGCUCACGAGGACGGUGGCCCUGAGCCGGACUGGGUCAAAACUGAGCGAGAGCAGUUUUCCGACUUCAGAGACCUGAACAAAGAUGGAAAAAUGGACCUGGAUGAAAUCCGCCACUGGAUUAUGCCUCAAGACUAUGACCAUGCUUUGGCUGAAGCUCGGCAUUUGGUCCAUGAGUCAGACCAGGACAAGGAUCAGAUGUUGACCCGGGAAGAAAUCCUUGAAAACUGGAACAUGUUUGUGGGAAGCCAAGCUACCAACUAUGGAGAGGACCUCACCAAGAACCACGAUGAGCUUUGA